UCACCUUCUGCUACACCCACACCACCUUUACCUUCUGCACCGCCCACAAUAGAGAAGACGUCAGGUUUGAAGCCGGCCGGGAGUCACAAGAGAACUCCGCCCGACGCCAACCUCCUCGCGGGGGGGAAACUCCUGGGCGACAUGAAGUCCGUGGCGUCGCUCAAAGACUCGCCGCUGUCGGCCGUCUUCACGGGACACGCCAGCAAGAUGGUGGUCCUGCCCAGCGAGCAGGCCAACCUGGCCGACAUCGACCACCUGGUGCCCACCCACGAUCAGAAGGGGCGGCCCAUCGCCGAGUGGAAGAGGCAGGUGAUGGUGAGACAGCUGCAGGCCCGGCUGCUGGACGAGGAGGACCAGAGGAGGAAGGAGAACGGCAAGCGGUUGGCCAAAGUCAAGUGGCGUUACUCGCAGGCCCACAACGCCAUCCUGGGUCCGUCCGGCGAGCUUCUGACGGAGCACGACCUGGUCUACCUGGAGCAGCAGAUCGCCAGCGUGGCCCUGCGGCGCCACUGCGAGGACUACGAGCUGGAGUUGGCCCGGCUGGCCGACCAGCUGCGCCACAUCCUGCCGGCGCCCGUGGUCAACAUCAGCGUCAACACCCAGUGCCGCAACUUCGGCAGCCAGGUGGCGCUGCCCGUGUGGUGCGGCCGCAUCUCGGGCAUCGUGAGGAGCAUGUCGCUGCUCAUGAGCAACCUGAGCGACCCGCCCUACUGCAAGAUGCCCGACACCGACCUCGUGGCCGUCUUCUCGCAGGCGCCCCGCAGACCGGACUCCACCAGGGGGCGCCGGGAGAGGAUCGAAGACGAGAUCCAGCAGUUCGGCGUCUCUGUGAGGACGCUCAAGUCCAACUUUGAGACGCAGGACUCGGCCGAGGACGAGGACGAGGACGCCUGCCGCGCCGCGGCUCCGCCGGACGCCAGCGAGUCGGACUCACCGCCUCGAGUCUCCGACGCGACUCCCGGGACGGACCAGAAGAGCGGCGUGGAGAAGGUUUCAGGGGUUGUGGAGACCACCAGCCUGCGCAAGGAGCGCAUCGUGGUGCUCUUCUUGGGCCACUGGAAGAAGUCCGCCUACUCCGUGACGCUCAAGAGGAAGACCAGCGGCGGCGCGGAGGCGAGUCUCGACGGACGUGGUCCUGAGGACGGUGCUCAGUCCAAGAUGAUGAACAGUUCUCUGGCACACUUCUUCAAGCAGAGGAGUGCCGUCAACAAGAUGCUGGGGAACUGGAGGAACAUGAUCUCCAGGGGGCCUUCCAGCCAGCUCCCACGGCAGCAGUUCUUCUCCCCGGAGCAGUUCCUUCCCCGCGUGGACGGCGUGCCCAUGGAGUACGACCACCUGACCCUGGACCUCUUCAUGCUGGGCUACUUCCACAUCCUGGAGCUGGAGCUGCCGGUGGACGAGCGCAAGAUGAGACACCUGCUGUGCUUCGAGGUGUUCGACCACGUGGGCAGCUUCCCCUGGGAGCUGGUGAGGGACUUCCACAAGGCCGUCAUGCGGGACAUCCAGGCCGGGGAGCGCCAGUGGAAGGACGGCUUCCAGGACCUGAAGGCCAAGUUCUUCGGCGGCGCGGCCAGCGAGGCCCCGGCGGAAGCGGAGACGAGGCGCCUUCCAGAGAUUAGACCGCUCCCGAAAGUCAUCGUGCAGACGCCCACGCCGGAUGAGGGUUCGCUCCACACGGGCAGCGACAUCUCCUGCUUCAGCAACGAGGAGAUCUGCCAGUACAUCGACAGGAGCUUCGCCUUCUGGAAGGAGAAGGAGGCGGAGAUUUUUGAUUUUGAAUAGUCACUCAUCGACCCUUUUCAACUUUGUACGCCAAUUUAUUAUCGCUGCUUUUUUAUCGCUAACGUGACUAACACGUGACUACAUGGCGCCAUCUUCUGGGGGAACAAGAGCGCCAUC